UUCUACCUUACAUAAUAUGUUGGAGAGCGAGAGUGAGAGAGAGAGAGACAGAGAGAGAGGCAGGAGUGAGUGAAUGUUUCUCUCCUCACUCUCUCUGUGCUCUCGUCUGCUGCGGUUAUCAUGGACAAGCAGUCUUCAUAUCAGCAGCUUGCUUCCUAAAGGACGUGACAAAGAAGUGACAAAGGACGACAGAGUGGUGUUGACUGGGCUUCUGAACACACCUACAUGCCUCAUACUUUCAACAGACCCUUCACCCUUCAAACAGGCGCAUCACAAACUGGACUUGGAGCUGUUCUUUCUCAGACAAUACGAGGUGACAGAGUGAACUGACAUCAGGAGAGCAUCAUGAGCACAGAAAAAGAGCGCAGCGUCCUGAAUGAUGCUGGCGAGGAGAAGGAGGUGAAGGAGGAGCAGGAGCUGGAGGAGCUGAGGGCUCAGGUGCUGCAGCUGCUGCUUGAGCUGGAAGAAGCUGGAGACACGGCUCAGAAACACGAGGAGAGCUUUCUGGAGCUGCAAGGUCUUCUUGAGGAGGAGCGUUUAGCUAGCGCUCAUCAGGCCGAGGCCUUCACGAGGCAGAUCCAGCGUCUGCAAGCACAGCUUCGCUCUGUCCAGGAGGAGAUGGACAGUCUGGAGGAGGAGAAGGAGAGCGAGCUCCUGGAGGCGCAGGAGGAGCUGCGGGCGGCGCAGGAGGAGGUGCUGCUGCAGCAGCAGGCGGCGGAGGAGGCCGCGGCCGAAAGAGAGAACGACAUCGCCAGUCUGCAGGAGGAGCUCUGCCGCUUACGGGCUGAAAUCUCACGACUGGAGAACACGGGACAGGAGUACGAGCUGGAGAUCGUCACGCUCCGAGCAGAAAUAGAGAUGAAGAGCCAGAGCCGUCUGCAGCAGAGGAAGGAGGGUGAAGUGGGUCUGUUGAUGGAUGAAUGUAACAAUCUGAAGGAACAAUGUCAUGCACUGCAAGAAGAAAACACAAGACUGAAUCACAGACUGCAGAUGCUGCAGAAGAGGAGUUCAGGCAGUACCUGCAUCACUGUUCAAGAAGAGCAGAACGAGACAGAAGAGGCAAAACACACACAGUGCGGCACAGAGACAGAAACGGCAAGCUCUUAUAUGAGCGCCAACUGCAGGCUGGUGGACGCUGGGAUCCAGAAGAACAUUUCGUUUGAUGGCAAGCCUGUGACCCCCACCAGCUGGACAGGAGGUUUCUCAGAGAUCCUCUCCCUGAGAGAUCAACUCAAGCAGACAGAAGAGAAGGCCACACACGUGCAGAGAGAGUGCGAUGGACUAAGGAAUGAAGUAGAAAAUCUGCGGGAAGUGUAUGAGAGCAGUCAGAAGGAGCGAGCCGAGCUGGAGCUGGAGUUACUGCGCUGCAGGGAAGAGCUGGAGAGAGCUGCUGAUGUCAAAGAGGAAUGAUGCUGAUAAAAAACAUUGAUUUGCUGCCGGCGGCCUGAACUACUGUAUAUUGUGGAGAGCAAAAGCUGUGUUCUCACCUGAUGAAGCCACUCGCUGAUCAACACUCAUCACAGCCUCUACAGUAACAUCUGGAGUUUACUGCUGUUUUUUGUUUGUCUUUUUUGCAAUAAUAACUACCUUCUAAGACAAAAAGGUCCCGCUUAUAUAUAUUUUUCCUAUAACAUUUCACAUGUACUUCAUAUUAGUUUAGCAAAUGUUUUUGACUUAUUCACUAUUUAGCUACUGAUUGUCUUGUGCUGGCUUAUUGUAAAUAUCUUUAAUUAUUAUAAGAUUAUAUUAUAUUUCUUCCUAAUACUGUAUAUGAGAUUAAGUAUUAAAAAUGUAUUAAUUGUAACAGGCCAAAAAAAAAAAAAAAAAAAAAAAAAAAAAAAAAAACAGUAAAGGAGGUUUAAAUUAAAAAGAUAAUUUGAAUUAAAAAUCAAAUUAAAUAUUUAAUAUAGUUAUUUUAUACCUUAUAAAUUAUUUUGUGAAUUUACGCAGUGCUAUCGGUUUGCAAUAACUGCUUUAAUCUAGUCUUUUAGUAUAUUUUUAUGCAUGUUUCAGCAUGAGGGAACACUAUAUUGUCAUACAGAGGAUUGCAUAUAUUUAUACAUGGAUGAGAAUAAUCAAUGUGUCCAUACAGUUCUGGAAAAAAAUCUUGUGUGCCCUAUGAACAUAAUUUGUUAACAUUUAGUGCAUAAACUCUUGACGUCACUGAUGUUUAAAGUAAAUGUAAACUCAUAAUUAUUAACUAGUUCAACGACCUGGAAAUAAUGAUUAGAAAUAAUUUUGUAUCACUUAAUCUUUAACAAAUCUUCUCUAAAGUCAUCUGAAAUCUCUUUUCAUGGGUUGGAACAGAAUGACAUUAUUUCGAGCAGGUGAUCAAAAAUUAUAUCAAAAUUUGAACCGCUUUGAACUUUGAAUGGCUUUUUAUCAAGAAAGUAAUAUUUUUACUUUUCCCAAUGACCUUGAUUGUUUGGUUGUAAAAUGAUCGAAUGUAUAUUAUAAAAUAUGUAGAAUUUAGAUUUGGUUAUAAAACUGUAGAAUUUAUAUAAAAUGUGUGUAAAAACUAAAUAUCUAAUUCAGACUUCUGUUUAUUAUGUAUUAUGACUGAGCUGAUAAUCGGAUUAUGUGUGAUCUCUUAUAAUUCAUUAACAUAUGAGUAAGCGAAGAUUAGAUGAGUUGAUCAAAGCCUAGGAAUAAACUGAGUUAUUAUUAUUAUUAUUAUUAUUAUUAUUAUUAUUAUUAUUAUUAUUAUUAUUAUUAUUAUCAUUAUUAUUAUUUCUAUUCUGUUGUGACAAUGGUACCAAAAACUGUAUUUCAAUUAGCAAAAAUGUCUAGAAUAUUUGUAUAUUUGGAAGAGUAAUAUAGAUGAACCAUGAGGUUUAAUGGUGUUUAAUGUACUGAAUUAGCACUGAACUGAAAUCCACUGUAGCCCUACAUCUGAUAAAGACAAACUGAGUUGCAACCUUCCAAAACAUUUGUGAGUGUUUCUUUAAUGCGCACUUUCUGCCCUGUGGAUACUUUUAAAAAUAAAUCAUCUUUGAACACG